AUGCCGCCUCCAUCGCCGCCAGGCUCAAAACCGAAGAUCAUCAAAGCCCCGGGCUCGAACACAAUUCGAGUGUCCGUUGCCUGCGACCGGUGUCGUAAGAAGAAAAUCAAGUGUUUCUAUGAGGAAGGAGAAGAGGUGGACCCGAAUGGACGUACGCAGUGUGCCAAUUGUAAAGCCGUGGGGCUUGACUGUAUUUUUACUGACAAGCUGGCUCGAAAAGCGUUUCCAAGAGGAUAUACAGAGUCUUUGGAGGAGAGGGUGCGAGAGCUGGAGUUCGAGAACAAGAAGCUGCAAAAGCUGCUCAAAAUGCGUGCUGAAAACCCAGAUGCCAACGCAAACACUCCAGAAGAUCCAAAAACCUCAACAACGCUGCUGAAUGACGAGAAUCUGUCUCUGCUCAACAAACAGAAAGUGUACAAGUCACUGGAAGAACAUCUGCAUGACGAGACGUGCAACUGCGGAAACUUCCCGCACUCGGUCCACAACAGGCCUGUUUCCAUCGCUGGUUCUGUCGACAUAGACAAGGGAGAACUAAGCGAUGACGACGUGUCUCUCUACUCGGCAUCGAUGCCCUCCAAUUUGCACUACACCCAGAACGUGGACGACCUGCGCAAUCGGUAUGGCUACAACUCGUUUGAGCAGGUGAAUGCUCCAGGAGCAGCAGCAGCCGUGUCUCUCCAAAACAAGCUACGGACUAAGCAUUUUCUGAAUCUUGCAAAUUUAAUUGCAACGUCGAUUCCCCGGACGACCGAGGAAACUUUGUUUAUUCCUUCUUUGCUGGCCAAAGUUGUGAGCGUUCAUGGAUUCAACUCAAAAGCUCCAUAUCUCACUUCAAAGUCGAUUGCGUUGCUCAAGGAGGCAUAUGACGAGGAUAAAAGGUACUCACGAUUCCCGUCGAUGUUUGAAAAUGUCAAGUUCAACGAACUGUCACCGGAGGAGUCCAAAAAAUUCUUUCAAGGCUUGAACCUGCCCAAUCACGUUAACUUGGACCUCUGUAUAUCCAUCUUCUUUGAGACCUGGAACCAAGUCACCCCGGUGCUAAACAAGGAAGUCUUUAUGAGCAACUACAUGAAGUUCAACAAAAGUCGGGAAGCGAAUUUUGAAGACGGAGAGAUGUACGGAAUGGAGAAAUUUGGCGAGAUGUUGAUCAUCAUCACGACACUCGUGAUGCUCAGCCAGGAGCGCAGCAACAUGUAUGCGCAUAACAAGGACCCAUCGGCCAGUCAUUCCGAACUUUUGCAGUUCUACGACCAUCUCAUCAAGCAGUUCAUCCACUCCAGCAUCAACUCUCUCUGCUCCAUCACUUCACUGCAAUUGACGACCCUCGAAUUGCUGUACUGUCUCACCACUGCGGACCUGAACACCAGCUAUGAGCUUCGUGGAAAGCUCAUCACCAUGGCCCAACAACUGCGGUUGCACAGAUGUCCUGCCGCUGUGCUGGGCUACAAUGGAUCCAAGGUCUCAAAAUUACAACAGGGAGAACGCAGAAUUCUGUUCUGGUGUAUCUACAAUCUGGACUCCUUCAGCGCGCUGAUUCUGGGAGUUCCUAGACUUCUCAAGGAUCACGAAAUCGAGUGUGCUCUUCCGUCGUCCUCGUCUGCUGACGGCACAGACAUCAACCUUAUCACGUUCAAUAAUACUCAGCUCUCUCUGGUGGGAAAAGUUAGUGAUUUGGCUUUGAGCGUGAUGAGAUACUCAAAAGUUCUGGGAGCAAUUGUGGACGCGAUUUUCAAGCGGAGCAGCAACGAGCCAAAGCGCGCGAACGUUGGUGAAUCGUCUGCACUAAUUUUAGAGGACAUGCUGGAUACUUGGCGGAAAGACCUUGCACCCUCGCUGAGCUUCGAGAGCGAUCUGAACACAACCGACAUGGAGAAACUCAGCGAAGGACAAUUGACGCUCAUGUAUCUCUACUUCCAGGCUAAAGCCCUGAUAUACAUGCCGUUGAUGGCAACGGAAACGACAAAUUUCAAAAACUCGGCCUGCUACAUUGCCAUCCAACAGUCUGCAACAGCAAUUCUGGCAAUCACCAAGACACUGAACACGGAAAAGUUCCACUUCUACCACUUGCCAUUGCCCAUUAAUGCGUCUCGCCAGAAAGCCAGAUUCGCUCUGUUGGCCGCAAAGGGAGCCCUGGAGUACACUAGAGGCGGUGCGCUUUUCCAAGAUGCCAAAUCGCUACUCACGUCUGUUAUUGCCGAUCUCAAAUUCGAGACCGACAUCGCCUUCCUUGGCUGUCUAUCUCGGUUGUGCAUGGAACAUCUGGAAAAUGCAAUUGAGGCUAUUUUGGGCCCUCCGAAGGCCAACUCGCCUUCACAACAAACUGCUGAAAUCAAGAAGGAGAAGAAAAAGAGUUCUGCUCUGCGAAACAAGCUUUCGUCACCGAUCAAGAAGGAAGAGGAUAAUGUGGCUAUCAACGAUAUCUUCUCGGCCAAAACAUCCCCUCCUCAGGCGAAGCCGCAAUACCAGUACCAAACGUUGCAGGACCAACUUAGAGACCCUUCUCCUAUGCAUCAGCAGUACACGUCCUCACAAGAACAGCAACCACAAUUGUCCCAUCUCUAUCCGAUGAUGAGCAUCCACCAGCAGACACAACAGCAUCAGCCGCAAUUCCCGCUCCCACCUGACCAAGCUGGAUAUUCACACCCAGAGACGAGAUCUUACACGGAUUUGAUGAUGCUCAAUGAUUUUGGAGUGGAUGCCUCGCUGGGAUUAUCAUUACUAGACUUUGAGCUGGACGAUAAUUGGCAGAAGAAGCAGAAGACAGACAACAGCGUGCACAUGCAGAGUGUGAAGGAAUUUGUCACGCCCGAGGAGCAAAUGUGGAAUUGA